AUGCGUUUAUGGCGAAGUGACGUUCCCUCUGAUACCCUUGAACAAAUUCGAGAAUUUGCUUAUUGGAUAAUUAAAGUUGGAGGAGGAGUUAUAGCAGGAGUGCCCAUUACAGAGGAAGGAAAUGAACACAAGAUACACACCAUGUCGUUGUAUUACCCUUACAACAUUGAAUGUGAAUAUGAGAGUGUGUUUAUAUUUGGAUGGUCAAUGAGCAAAGUAGAGCUAGAGGGGGACGAAGUUCAAAUCACACUAUUUAAUGCUGACAUUGAUAAAUAUAAAGAGAUCUUGAAACAAGGAAAGGUUUAUUCAAUUGCUCAGCUAGAUCUUAUGCCUCUAUAUACAUCUUACAAAUAUUCCAAUAACCAAAUGAGGUUGAAAUUUGGCAACAAGACCAUGAUAACAGAAAUUCUUGAUGAUUGUGAUGAUAUCCCAAGGUACAAUUUCAUGUUUAUUGAAUUUUGCCACAUUCCACAGUACCUUCACAUGCGCAAUAGUCCUCUCAUCGAUGUUAUUGGAUUGGUUAUAUAUGUGUCUGAAUCAUAUAGAGUCUCGGGUGGGAGACAACAAUUCAAAAGAGACGUGUUACUCUGCAACACAAACAUGGAAACAAUGAGGCUAACUUUACGGGAAGGGUUUGCUUAUGAUCAAGGUCGUUUCUUAUUCAAUGAGCUUAAUCAGGAUCAUGUGUUGGGUGCAUCCAUGGUAUCAGUUGGCUCUUAUUAUGGUGCAUGUUUUUCUACUGUUGGACGUACCAGACUUUUUAUUGACCCUGAUAUUGAUGAAACUGAUGAUCUACAUGGCUGGUAUGCGGAUGAUGGAUAUGUCCAAAAACAAAUCAGCUAG